CAAAAUAGAACCAAUAUUUGUUGAUUUAAAAUGUACAAUGAUCAAACAAAAACAAUGGAUUGAUUUAAGUGAAAAUAACAUAUAAACUUUUCGGUUUGACUGAAUUGAAUUACAUUUUCAAUAAUUAAAAAUUAUGCGUAUUAUGGCUAAUAUGAAAAUGGGGUCUCAGAAUAAUAGGAAGAAAGUUCAAGUGUCGAUGGUAAUAUGUGAAGCUGAAGAAAAGCGACAUCGUUCUGGUGUGAAUGCUCUACAGAUUGACCCAGUUUUAGACAGGUUGUUUUCGGCUGGUAGGGAUUCCAUUAUAAGGGUUUUUGAACAUGAGAGAUAUUAUCAUGGAAUGGAACAUCAUACUGAUUGGGUCAAUGAUAUUGUUCUUUGCUGUGGAGGAAGGAAUUUGAUAUCUGCAAGUUCUGAUACAACUGUUAAAGUAUGGAACGCACAUAAAGGUUUCUGUAUGUCCACACUCCGGACACACAGGGAUUAUGUGAAAGCAUUAGCAUAUGCCAAAGAUAGAGAACAAGUUGCCUCUGCUGGUCUAGAUAAAUCGAUAUAUUUGUGGGAUAUAAAUACAUUGACAGCCCUAACUGCUAGUAAUAACACCGUUACUACUUCUAGUUUGAUAGGGAGCAAUGAGUCAAUAUAUAGCCUUGCCAUGAAUCCGUCAGGGAAUAUUGUUGUGAGUGGAUCAACGGAAAAAGCUCUGAGGUUUUGGGAUCCUCGAACAUGUGCCAAAUUGUUCAAACUGAGGGGUCAUUCUGAUAAUGUUAAGGCUUUAGUUGUAUCCAGAGAUGCAACUCAGUGUGUUUCUGCAAGUAGUGAUGGAACAAUCAAGGUUUGGAGUUUAGGUGGACAAAGGUGCAUUCAAACUAUACGAGUUCAUUCCGAUUCUGUUUGGGCUCUUUUAGCGACAGAGAACUGGACAUACAUAAUAUCAGGGGGUAGAGAUAAAAAGGUGAUAAUGACGGAACUGAAAAAUCCUCAGAACAGUAUCGUAGUCUGCACCGAACAAGCUCCCAUUUUGAAGUUGUGUUUUACAGCCGACCAACAAGCUGUUUGGGUGUCCACAUCAGAUUCCAACAUCCGUUGCUGGAAAUUGCCUACUGAAAAACAUUUCAGAGAAGAGAUCCCGAUGCCAGAUAAGCCAGUGUCUCUAAUUCCUGGUGGAGCAGCAAUCCGACAGGCUUUUGUACUGAACGAUAAAAGGCAUAUAUUGACGAAAGAUUCACACGAUCAUGUCGCUCUAUAUGACGUUCUGCAGGCCAAAAAAAUAGAAGAUAUCGGUCAAGUCAACUUUCAGGAAGAGAUAAAAAAUCGUUUCAAAAUGAUCUACAUUCCGAAUUGGUUCAACGUAGAUUUGAAAACUGGGAUGUUGACAAUCCAUCUUGGCCAAGACGAAGUUGAUUGUUUCUCAGCUUGGGUGUCGGCCAGAGAUGCCGGAAUCAAAGACUGUUUGGAACCAGAUUCCAAGGUGAACUAUGGGAAACUUCUUCUUCAAGCUUUGCUCGAACAUUGGAGAGGUGUUGUACCUGAAACUGACAGCAAAAUCCAUUUCAGUGUGCCCAAACACAUCCCGUUGAUUUUAAGUGAAAUUGGUGGUCGAACUCUGUAUCGUGUCCCUGUUGGCGAGGCUGGAGGUGAUACAGAGAAUGCGCUGCUCAAUGAAACAGUCCCUAGUUGGGUGACGUCCAUCAUCGAAGAUAAUUGUAAUGGAAAAUUCAUCAAGAUUCAGUUUUAUCUGCAACCACACUCUUCCGUACCUGUUCACCUACUGAAGCAAGAUCGUCUCAAAAAGCCUGAAAGACUGGUUGCAAACGAUUUUAUUCAGUGCAGGAAAGUAGCCGAACACAUACUUGAAAAGCUUUUAGGAGAUGGUAAUUCAAGUCCCCCUGGCGGUGAUGGUGACUCGUCACUUUCCAACAGUAACGGGUACAAUGUGGAUCAUAUUGAACUCAGCUGCAAUGAACAAGUUCUGGACCCCUAUAUGGACUUGAGAACAGUGAAACAUUUCAUUUGGAAAAGUAAUUCAGAUCUGAUUUUGUCUUAUAAAAUUAUAUCUAAGUAAAAAAAUAACUAGGAUUUAAAUGUUUUUGUAUAUUGUAUUAUUAUACAGAAUAUAAUCCCUUGAACUGCAA